AUGCGGCUGCUGCGAGGGAAGACUGCCUGUUCUCACUGUGGCUUUGUGCAGAAACAGAGGGUGAAGGGGAAAGAUGGGUGUUGGCAGAUGGUUGCAAGGAUACAGGACACAAUUGAGCAGUUGGGAGGCCACUCAGACUUAGGCAUCAGGCAGGUUCAGGGAGCAAGUUUCCGAGGUUGGAAAGAAGUGACUUCUCUGUUUAAUAAAGAUGAUGAACAGCAUCUACUCGAAAGAUGUAAAUCUCCCAAAUCCAAAGGAACUAAUUUACGAUUAAAAGAAGAGUCUAAGACAGAGAAGAAGUCUGGAUUUUGGGACAAUUUGGUUUUGAAACAGAAUAUACAGUCCAAAAAACCAGAUGAAAUUGAAGGCUGGGAGCCUCCAAAACUUGUUCUUGAAGAUGUAUCAGCUGAUUCAGAGGAUGCCUCGAGUGACCGCCUGUCAUGGCCAGGCUGGGAGGAUGACACCAAGGGCUCAACAAAGUACACUAGCCUGGCCAGCUCCGCAAACAGCUCAAGGUGGAGCCUCCGGUCAGCGGGGAAGCUGGUGAGCAUCAGACGGCAAAGCAAAGGCCACCUGACAGACAGCCAGGAGGAGGUGGAGUGA